AUGAUUUCCCAAAUCGUUUUUGCGUGUUGUUUGGCGGUGGCGGCGCGGGCUAGCAUUGAAUGCUAUGAUUAUACCCUGGUUGGCGGAUACAACCUGGGGUCUGAGAAGAUCACUUGCCGUGAAGGCCAAUCCUGCUAUCAAAUGCAAGUGAUGCACGACAACACGAGCAUUCUUCGCUCUGGCGGUUGCGUGCACAAUACGCUUUGUACGAUCACGUUUGCCGAAUCUGGAUGCCAAGAAGCGGCCAUCGGUGGGACAAAUAUGCGUUUCUGCUGCUGUGAAUCGGCCGAGGCAUGCAAGUGGGACCCGAAAACAAAAGGAUUCCUACACCGAAGUCUAGACUGGGUGAAGACGAAGCUUGGCCUUCACAAUGGCGAGGAAACAGAAGGCGAGCAGGGGCAGCAGAAUGGCCUGGAUGUGGACCCUACACGGCCGGCUAUUGAGGGGCAGGUGUUGGUGCCGAAAGAUCAGGAACCAGAGGAAAUCCCCCAGCAAUACGCUUCAGCACAACUCGAAUUAGCACCAACCAGGGCCGCCGUCGAGAAGAUCGAAGAUUCACCGGAUGCCAAGAAGCGCCGAUACAAGGGCGUCGACUUUGAUGUUGAA